UAUCAUGCACCUUGUCUCUUAUUUAAAUGGAUCUGGAGUCCGGUUUCGAGUUCUGAAUGUGCACAUACACAAAUUUCUGAGCACCAAAAUUAUAGUCAGAAGUGUUUAAAAACCUGUUUUUGCCUUUGUUGCUUUCCUACUCGCAAGUGUUGUUUUAUUUGUCCUUUUGAUCUCUCGUUAUUUGUGAGCACCAACGCUGUGUUUGUUCCAAGAAAUUAGCAUAAAUGGCAACCAGUAGUAGUACCAAUACCAAUACUUCCAAAGCAGAGCAAGUUGAGAAAAACAUGGAACGACUCCGACUCCGACUCCAACUCCGACUCCUUCAGAAAUGGAAUCCCCCAAAGGUCCCCGUGUACAAUGUCUACCACAGAAGAGGAAUCUUCGAGUUCAAACCACCUAUGUACGAGAUCAAAAUACUAGAAAAUACAGUUUUCAUCCGAGGUGAAUUCGAGGAGUUUCAAUUGCUCGAAAAACGAGCAAUAGAAGAACAUAGGAGGAAGUACAUUUUUCUCCAUUUUGGGUUAGUACAAGUAGCUGUGAAGCCACUGACUGCAACUGGAUUAAAGAGCUCCGUGCUAGUCUGUCUGCGUGAUCGUCGCUUCCUUUACUUCAAAGAUUCUCUGACAGCUGUUGCUCAGUCUAAGUUGAGUGAUGGCCCAAUUUAUUUUAAUUGCUAUCCAAAUCACCCAGUGUCUUUAUCGGACCCACAUAUCCUUAUGAACAUAAACCUGAGCAUCAAAACUGAUGAUUUACAGGAGGAAGGGUCAGUAGUAGCGGAUCAUAUAGCUGUUUCUUACAGGGUUUAUUACAGAGUAUCCAAUAAUGAAUCUUACAAAUCAAAAGUGUCUUCCUCUGGACGCAAACCCACUUUUGUAGAGAUCAAUCUGCUGAGAAACGAUAAGGUUAGUGUUUCCAAGACAAUGGAGUGGGAUUCGUUUCAAGUCCCAGAAAGAUGGAAUGUGAGAGAGGAGGAGUGAUCAAGCCAAGCAGAAGAGUAGUUAGGCCACUGGUGGAUGAUGAUGAAUGAAGAAUAUUUUUGGAAAACUAUAGUGUGUAUUGUGUUUGUGGUAUGUCAGAUAUUAGUUCAGUAUUGCUAUAUCUGUAUGUAUAUAUAGUAUUAGUAUGAGCUCUCUGUUGGUCUUUGUUGGUUAUAAUAUUGCUGUGUAUUUGUUGGUAUCAACUCUUUGGUAGCUGGCUGCUUAUUGCAUGUUAAAAUAUUAGUGUGUAUUAUCUUUAUCACAUGUGAUAUGAGGUGAAUAUUUUUAUCUCCAA